AUUUGGAGCCUGCGAUGAUACUGACGAUACUGCUGUUGUUUUACCUGAGCGCUCCAGGCCUUACUGAGCGGGACUGGCGCCUUGGGAGGCAUGCCUUCAAGGGAUACUGUGGAGGAGAGCAAUGGGUCACACGGCCGCUGCCUGAGUAUGAGCUCCUGCAAGUGCAGGUGGUGCAUCGGCAUGGCGCUCGAACCUUGUGGACACCCAUGGAUUGCUGGAAAGCGACGCCAACAUCAGAGCCGGAGAUGCCGCAUUUCGAAUGUGAUUUGCCAUUCUCCAUUGGAAUUGGGCACACCAGGCAUCGUUUAACGAAGCACUACCUGCAGCCCGGGCAUUGUGGAUUGGGCUCCCUGCUGGGCCAAGCAGAGACGCAGUUCAAAGACUUAGCUGCCUCUCUAAAUCAAAGCUAUGGCCACAUCCCUUGGUGGAAGAGAUUGGAGCCCCCGGCCGGCUUGCAGAGUACAGGCUCAGUACGUUUGUACUCCUGUGACAAUGAGCGCAACCUUGGCAGCUUGGAUUUGCUGGUGGCGCAACUUUUCCCCGAGAAGCUGGAGGCAUCAGUGGACACCAUGCCUCCGAAGGAGGAUCCAUUUGAACUCCCAGGUUUCGUGUCAACCUCUCCCUGCGAUGGCUCUACUCUGCCCAAGCUCCAGGAGAUCCACGCGGACAACGACUUCCGCGAUUUUGCGUCACGAUGGCGGAGCCAUGCGAAUGUUACUUGGAAUCAUAUGUUGUACGAUUGCAUCCUGACGUCAGGCUGUGCAGGCUUGCCUUUGCCUCAGGCCAUCUCCUCUGAGCUUGCCGAUGAGGCAUUGUAUUGGGGUUUUCAGCAGUCGACAGCUGCAGUCUUCUACAGCAACUGGACCACCUGGGAUGCAUCCCAAGCGUUACAGUGGCUGGCGCAGAGGAUGCAUCAUGCCAUCGAACACGGACUUCCGAAACUAGCUUUGUGGUCAACCCAUGACAGUACCAUGAUUUACCUUCUAAACGCGCUCCAUGCGUGGGACAACAUUUGGCCAGGCUAUGGUAGUGCUUUGGUUCUGGAGCUGUACGCCGACCGCACGGCCCAUGAAUUUCUGGUGCGAAUAUUGCGAGAUGGGCAACCACUGAAAUUGGGCCUGUGCGACGACAAGGUGUUGUGUCCCUUGACUCGCUUUCUGCAAGCAGUUGAAAGCACCAAGCCACCUGCAACACCCUGCACGCCGCCGACUCCGACCAUGGCCCUGUCGCUGUUGUCCCAGGCCUGGCAGCCCACGGGUCUGGCAAUGGUUGCAGUGGCUUUAGCAGCUGCGGCCUUCACUUUUGGGCUGCAUGCAGGUUUCUGGCGCCAGCCUCCACUUCUCUCGGAGCGGCUGCUCACAAGUGGGGCCUGAAGAGCGUUUAGCAUCGUUUAGCAUGGAGCAAAAAAGCUACCGAUGCCUGGGGCAAAAAUUGGUUUUUAAAAAA